AUGAACAACUACAAUGAUCGGAGUGACAACCAGACUUUUGGACGAAGUGACAACAACACCUCUUCUAAGUAUGGCUCCACUAACAGUGGAUUUGAUGGCAAUUCAUAUCAGCAACAGCAAAACUACAACGGAGGAUUCGGUUCUAGUGCCAAUUUGAACGAUCGAAACAGCAACGAGCGUAACCGUCAUGGAAACUCCAAUUCGACUUCCUCAAUGACCUCUGCCAUCAACUCAUUGACUGGAAGUUCUAAUAAAAAAGACGAGUAUGGUCGAGGUGACAGCAAUUCGGGUGACUACUCAAACAGGGGAGGCAGUGAAUAUUCAGGUACUCAAAACAACUACAAAAACAGCAGUGGCGGAAGCGGAAUGGGCAACAGUUGUGGCAACAGUCGAGAGAAUCGAAGCGGUGAUCAAGAUGAAGGCAACUACGGCAGUUCACGUCGAGGCAGCAACAGCAACAGCAAGUACGGCAGUGAUGAUAAUGAUAAGAAUGACAAAAAGUUUAUGGGCAUCUUCUAA